AUGGACACUAUCUUCUACCUCCGGAUCGAGGCGAGCAUCCAUCUCGCGUUUGUCGCUCUCCUGUUCCUGGAGUCCCUCCUUUACGGGGCGUUUUGCGUCCUCUAUAUCAUGUCGCUCUGGAUCCUCAUAUGCCGCCAGCGGCACUCUGAACGCUCCGCAUCAUUCUGGAUGGCCGGCGUCCUUACCGCCAUGUUUGUGCUCGCCGGCACGUACCUCGCUUUCGAUGUCCGGCACCUCGUGGCCGCGUUCGCAGACCACAACAGCACCCCUGGCGGAACCUUGAGGUAUCUGUGGGGGGAGGGGCACGACCCAUCGCGCAACAUGGAUCCCGUUAUCUUCAUCAUCAUGACCUUCCUCGGGGAUGGAUUCAUGACAUACCGGAUCUUCGUAGUCUGGAACCGGAAGCUGAUUUCCCUCGUGCUGCCGGGGCUCCUCCUCGUGGGCGAUCUGAUCGCCGCUGGGUUUGUCGGAAACGGGCUCCUGUGGUACGAGACCCCGAAGGACUUCGACAGCCUGCUUGUCCCCGCCCUGCACUCGCGCCUCAUCGCCUACUUCGCCAUGACCCUCCUCACCAACCUCGCCAUGACCCUGCUGCUCCUCGGCCGGCUGUGGUGGCACGACCGCCGCGCAAAGCGCUACCACGCGCCGCACGGGCACUCCGUGCACUGGCGCGUCAUGCGCACCAUCCUGCACUCCGAGGCCGCCUACUCGCUCGGUGUCGUGCUCAACCUCGCCGCGUGCGCCGCGCGCUCGCAGCUCGUCCUCCUCACCUCCUGCGUCCUCCCCCCGCUCAUCGGCAUAUCGUUCGCGCUGAUCAUCAUGCGGAUCGGGCUGAGCGAGGUGCUGACGGACGGUAGCGAGAAGGGCGCUGGGGAGGCGAUGAACGACCCGGCGCGUGCAUUGGCGUGUAUCGCGGUCAAUGUGCACAUCUCGCGCACGGUUGACAUGGAUAGCGAGCAGGGCACGACGUGCGACGACAAGACGGUGUCCGCGUGCCAUGGCGACUCGGAAGAAGUCUCGGUGGAUGAGCACACGGUGGUGGCGGUCUGA